ACGGGGCCCGCUCGAGGUAAAUCGCUCGUGUGUUUCCGUCUCAUUUCCCCACCACGUCCACCACCACCACACUGCCUCCUCCUACUCUAAACACCUCCCCCUCCCUUCCUCCUCCCGCUCCACCUUAUCAUCCUCCUCCUCCUCAUCCGCCGCGGACGCCACCGUCACCACCACCGCCUCCUCCUCCUCCUCCCUCCUCCUCCUUACGCACCGCGAUUGCGCCCUUAGGCAGCGUGACGCGACGGGAAGGCUUCUCGCAACUCAAAAUGUCCCACGCAUCACCAUGUUCGGCCCCGUGAGCACCGCAGCCGCCGCCGCGUUCGCGCAGAGGAGGGCGGUGGAGAGCGGAGGAGGAAGAGGUGGCGGUGAAGGAGGAGGAGGGGGAGACGGCGGCGGAAUGGAGUGCGAGGAGCGCGGAGCAUACCCAGGCUCUGGCCUCUUCCUCCCGAGCUGCCGUGCCUACUACGACCUGGGCGCAGUCCCCUCGUUCCUCCAGCCGCCGGGUGGGCGCCCGGUCCCUUGCCCCUACUCCGCGGUGCCGCAGGCGCGGGACGCGGCCGCCUUCAGGGAGUACGGCCUGCACGAGACGGCUCGACAGUGGCAGCAGCAUCAUCAUCACCAGCAGCAGCAGCAUCAGCAGCAGCAGAUUCAUCAUCAUCAACAGCAGCAGCAGCAGCGUCGAUACGUGAGCGAUGAAUUCGUGUUGCAGCAGCAGUUGCUACAGCAUCAGCAGCAGCCACCUCCCGGUCCGCAUUCUGCGCACAGCAGCAGCAGCAACAGCAGCAGCAGCAUCGAGGCGGCGUACGGGACUCAUGGCGGAGGAGCCGUGUCGCUGGCCCCGAACUGCAGCCCGUCUGCCGGUGGGAUUUUCGGCGCAGCAGCCGCCGCCGCCGCCGCCGCGCUGCAGAUCGGGAGGAACGGAAUCCUCCCGCAAGGGUUCGACCGCUUCUUCGAGUCCACGUACAUCGGCAGCGGAGGCAGCAAUAGCAGCAGCAGCAGUAGCAGCAGCAGCGGCGGCGAUGACCCCAACAACAAAGCCGAGGCUGCUACGAGCGGUAGCCUGCUGCUCCGGCAGCAGCUGCAGCAGGAGGAGCAGGAGGAGCAGGAGCCGGGGGGCGUCAAUCCCCUGCUGCUUCAGCAGCAGCAGCAGCGGCUGCGGCGAGAGCAGCGCGCAGCCGCCAAGGAAGAUCGCGACAGCGGCGCGGAGUCUGGGAGUGCGGCGUCGUCACCGGCCGCAACCCGCGGAGCCGAGUCCAGGGCGGUAGGGUCCGGCGCUCAUCGGCCGCGCACGAAGCGCUGCCCCUACACCAAGUACCAGAUCCGCGAGCUCGAGCGAGAGUUCUUCUUCAGCGUCUACAUCAACAAGGAGAAGCGGCUGCAGCUCUCGCGCCUACUCAACCUCACCGACCGCCAGGUCAAGAUCUGGUUCCAGAACCGUCGAAUGAAGGAGAAGAAACUGAACAGGGAUCGCAUGCAGUACUUCGCGCCCAACCCGCUCCUAUGACCCUCCCCCCCAAAAAAAAAAUAACCCAAACAAAAAAAACUCCUUCAAAAAAGUUUUUUUGUAAACAACCGUUUCAUUAACAACUUUGUGUAACUCACGGUCGAGAAGUACGUCGAUGAAGCGUCGCCUGCUCCCACGUGAACGCUUACUUGAAUUAAUUGAUUACUUCCGGAAAUCGUUCGCACGGAGCAGGCGAUUCGAUAGUUUAUGGACCGCGGCGUUGUUUACCUACACAAAUAUAUAUAUACAUAAAAAGGCCUCCAUGCGAAAAUGUUAAUUGAUUUAAAGUAGCGAAUUAUUUUGAUUUGGAGCUUUCGUGACUGCAGGAAUUACUCUGGUUCUUUCGGUAAAGUCGCGUAGAAAGAAAAUAAUAAUUAAAUAAUUGCAUACGACGUUUCUAUUGCAACGCAAGCAAUCAUCAUCAGGUACAAAUGAAAGAGAAAACUAACCUAGUAAACUUAGAAAUGUAAUGUAAUACAACACAGAGAGUCGGCUAACAUAACAGUCAACGCCCUACCUGGUUGAUUACGUUCUUCCAAAGAUUGCUAAAUUUGAGAGAGAGAGAAAAUACAGACACGGAGACACACAGACAGACACAAGCAGAGAGAGAGAACACAGAGACACAGAGAGAGAGACUCACACAGAUACACACAGACAGACACAUAAUCAGAGAGAGAUAACACAGAGACACACAGAGAGAGGCUCACACAGAGAGAGACACAUGUGACUUUACCGAAAUAACCAAAAAGUAGCGAAUUGAUUAAUUUAUGCAGAUUUUGAUACAGGCAAUCAUUGUCACCGUACGUGUGCAAAAUUUGGACAACAGGAAUCAGUCUAACUUUUGAUUACAAGAUUUAACAACGACACAGGAAUAAAGUUAAGUAAAACCGUUGAAAAAGAUUGAAACAGGAGGCUCGCGCGCGUUUCAAAUCGUGGGUCGUGCGUGGCAAACACUUCUUAGAAUUCGUCCUCCGGCGGCACGCGACGAGGUGUCGGACGAGCUGACGACGAUGGUUUAGUGACGGCGGCAGAAGCUGUUACGCGUGCACGCACGCACGCAUCCAAACGCACACAUGCACACGCAAACACGCACGCACAUACGAACAUCAGGGAGACAAAGGUCACCCCCCCGUAUCGCCAUGAAGAGACUGUUGGGGACAAGUGCCUGGUCACUACAGCGAGCACCUGUUGAUGGGGAGGUGGUCGGGUGGUGGACGGCACCACCACCUCACGCCCGGUCGCCUUUGCCUUCCCCAGUGGGUGAUGUUUACACACUGCACCGGGCACUCGUUGUCAAUGGUUUUAGCCGACCUAAUGGAGGCCCAGGACGCGUUCAGAUAAUCAUCGCUGAUGCUGGCCAUGAACGGGAAUUGAACUCGGGUUCGCCGCGUUCGUAACCCCGUGCGCUAACCACUACAGCUACUGCUCCCACACAAAGACAAAGAUCACCCGUGUAGCCUGUAACAGACUGUUGGGGCAAGUGCUGUUAGCGAGCACCUAUGAAGUCCGGCAAGGAACACGAAGGAGUGGGUGGCCAGCACCAUGCCCGGUCGCCUUUGUCUCCCCAGUGGCGAUGUUUACACAUCGCACCAGGUACUUGUUUGAGGCUGGGUCGACCUAGGGAAGGCCUAGGGUCGGUUCAAAUAAUCGUCACUGGUGUCGAACCCAGGUCGCCAGGUUCGUAGCGCAGCGCGCUAACCGCUACACUACCGCUCCCCACACACGCACACAUUCACGUGCACAUGUGCGUGUAUACAUUGGAGUGAAUUUAACUUCUACACUGCAUGGAUUUCUGCCAGAGUGGUGUGACGGUUAGCACACUGGACCUGUAAUCCAGAGGAUAGCUGAUUGAGAUUCGAUCUCCCGGGGCGGCAGGCUCCUUCACACACCCUCCCUCCCCCUCUGUCCACCCAAAGCAGCUUAAAUGGUUCGGCAGCGGUUAGUCGAUAAGCUGCAGUUCGCGUGCGGUGAAGUGAAGUUGUGGGCACUCUUGGCGAGCGUGCGAGUGUAGGCCAGAGGGCAGCCCUCAGCGAGGAUGGUUGCCGAUGAUCUCCGUGGGUGCUCGGGCUCUCUCUGGCAGCAGUUGCGGGGUUGCGCCUCUACGCGUGUUGUGUUUUGCACACAUAUACAGCGGCUCCCCUCUGGCUUUAAUACUGUUAUCACUGUUUGUUGAGCACGCUGAAUGUACACACAGAUAAAGGCACCCCCCCCACACCCCUGCAUAGGCUUCUGACUGACUGCUGGGGCAAGUGCUGUUGACAAAACACUGUCAAUGUCCGCAGGGCACACGAGAGGGGUGAGUCGCUAACAACACCCCGUCCCGGCCGCAUUUGUCUCCCCGCCCCCCCGCCACUCAAUCCCCUCCAGUGCUGAUGUUUUAACCACCACAGCAGGUUCUACAUCUCUGAGGCUGAGUCGACCUUGGGCCCGGGACGCGGUUCGCAUGUUUGUCGUGAGCGGCAAUCAACUCGCGUCUCCGAUGUCGUGGCCCCAGCGCGCUCAGCCACGUUGUUGCGCAUGGGCUUGAUGUACAUGGUGUUUCAAAAAGAUUGACCCCAUUUGAAAUCGCUAUAUCUCUGAAAUUGGGUUUGAAACACCCUGUACUGUACAGUAUAUGGUGUAAUUGUUCGGUGAUAUCUUGUGUGCGUGUGUCGGUGGGGGUGGGGGGCGUAAGCGGUUGUGUAGCAGUUAGCUCACGCCCCCAACAUCAGCACGAGGUCCAGGGCUUCCCCUAGGUCGACUCAGCUUCAAAUGAGUAUCUGGCGCUCGGGUGACAAGGGCUGCGAUCGUGUGCUGUGCCGUUCUGGCCAAUCGUAGGUUAUACUCGCUAACAGCAUUUGCCCCAACAGUCUGUGAAAGCUCGAGGGGCUGGGGGGGACUGUGGAUCUUU